GAUGGGUUUUCUCCAACGUCAUUGUGAUGAGAUGCUGAAACAAAGUGGGGCACAACUUUAAAAAAAAAAAAAAAGAAGCAAAUGAGUUGUCUUUCUGAUCUGUUUGUUUAGAUUUUAGCAGCAUUGAUUCUUCCCAAAGUUCUUGUUUUCUAAGUAGAUUCUUGAGAUCAGCCAGUUAGCAUUUCUCAGCUCUUCGUCUGCAGUAAAACCCCACCAACAGCAAUAUAUAUUCAAAUUUCCAUUUUUCUGGUGCCAAAGGCUGUAAAAGUAUAAUAUGCAAGUCCUAUAAGUUAUUGUAUUGCCACAUCUAUGGCUGGUUGCUUGAUUCCAACUUGCUGAAAUGCCAAAGCCAUCUGCUGCUGUUGUUGGAGGUGCUGCUGGGGCACUUGCCUUGCUCGCAAUCGUCAUCGCAUUUGUGUGGUUCUGCAGGGCUCAUUGCAAGAGUUUUUCGAACAGGACCUCUGAAACAGGCUCCUCAGAUCCAUCUGCAUUAGUGGAAUGGAACAGGGGUGGGCCCAGCUCGGGGGCACGACAGGGGCCGAGGGUCUUCACAUUGGAGGAGUUAGACCAGGCAACCAAGCAUUUUGAUGAAAGCAAUCUGCUGGGAUAUGGAAGCUUUGGCCUGGUUUAUAAAGGAUUGCUGCGUGAUGGGACUGUUGUGGCUAUCAAAAGGCGGCCUGGUGCUCCUAGACACGAUUUUGUCUCAGAGGUGACAUAUUUGUCGGAGAUUCGUCAUCGACAUUUAGUUACAAUUCUAGGUUACUGCCAGGAAAGUGGAUAUCAAGUACUGGUUUAUGAGUAUUUACCAAAUGGCAGCAUCUCUAGUCACCUAUAUGAUACUAGACCAGAGCCAUCAACUAAACUUGAGUUUAAGCAAAGGCUAUCAAUAGCUCUAGGCGCCGCGAGAGGUUUAUCCCACUUGCAUGGCCUAAAGCCUCCCAUAGUACAUAAAAACUUCAAAACAGCCAAUGUGUUGGUUGAUGAGAACUUCAUUGCUAAGGUUGCAGAUGCAGGAAUCUCAAAACUGCUAGAGAAGAUAGAAGAAGCAGGUCCUUCUAGCACGUCUAGUGUCAAUUUUUUCGAAGAUCCAGAGGCUGGAGCAUCCGGGGUUACCUCUGAAAUGAGUGAUGUGUACAGCUUCGGGGUUUUCGCUUUGGAGCUUCUAACUGGACAGGAGGCCGUGCACAUUGGCUCAUUGGGAUCAAAUGAAAGCUUAUUUCAAUGGGUGGAAUCGCGGCUGAGUUCGAAUAACCUAGUGGACCGCAGGCUAGCUGGAAGCUUCACCGCGGAGGGAAUGAGGGACUUGAUCAGGCUGACACUGCAAUGCAUGAGUUUUCCGGCAAAAAGGCGGCCGAAGAUGGAGAUGGUUGUGGCGGAGCUAGAAAGAAUUCAAGAGAAAGAAAUGGCAAUGACAACAGUCAUGGGUGAGGGAACUGAUACAAUCACUCUUGGGAGUGUACUAUUCACUUGAAUAUAUAUGUGAAGAUAUUUGCACAAAUUGUUGGUGUAUGUUAGCUUGGGCAAAGCUUAAGCUUAAUCACACAUCAACAAAAACAAGUUUAAUUAGUAAUCUCAAUGUUAUAUUCGUAAGGGUAACUCAUGUACUAGUGUACCAGUGUUGUUUGUGUCACAAAACAUGCAUUUUUUAAUCCUUUA